UGAUCUUUAUAUUAUUCGAAUUCGCUUGAAAUUUCCAGACAGUUUUCAAAAUUUAAAAUAGACUACCUGAAAAGUGCAAGAUGAGACAAAUGUUAAUCAUAAUACCAAUACUACUGAUUAAUAUUUCUCCUUUUACCACUGGUUUCAAAUUUUUAGGCUUGUUCCCUUUGCCCAUUCGGAGUAAUUUUUUAAUGUACGAAACGAUUUUCAAAGGCUUAGCAGACAGAGGUCAUGAGAUAGAUGUAUUAAGUCACUAUCCUCAAAAAACUCCAGUUAAAAAUAUAAAUGAUAUUGAUAUUUCUGGAAGUAUUCCUUCGCUUGAUAACAAUGUUUCAAUCGAAAGUGUAAGCAAAAUGACCCGUAUUGAGUCAGCGUGGUCCGUAUUUAGAACACACGGUGUCGACGUUUGUGAAAAAGUUCUUCAACACAGAGCCCUACAGAUACUGAGAAAGUCGAAGAAAAAGUACGACGGAAUAUUGAUAGAAGUUUUUGGAACAGAUUGUUUAUUAGGCUUUUCACAUUUGUACAAAGCUCCAGUGAUAGGAAUCACAAGUAGUAUGCACCUUCCUUGGGCAGACGAAAGAAUGGGAAAUCCUGACAAUCCGUCUUAUGUUUCAAAUUAUUUUAUACCAUUUAACAAAAAUAUGACAAUUGGACAAAAAAUUGAAUUAGCAACAGCUACAGUACUCUCCAAAAUAGGAUAUCAUUUAAUUUCAACAAUUCCAUCGGAGAUGAGAGCAAGAGAUUUCUUCGGUACUGAUUUGCCACCAUUAGAUCAAUUGGCGUUUAAUAUGAGUUUACUUUUGGUAAACUCGUAUUUUGGUUUAAGUGAUCCUAGGCCUACAGUACCUGGAUUAAUAGAAGUAGGAGGGCUUCACAUACAAAAUCCAAAGAAUUUAACACCAGAAUUGGCAACUUUAGCAAAAUCAGCAAAUGGAAUAAUUUAUUUUAGUAUGGGCACCGUCGUUAAAUUAAGUUCAUUUGAUAACCAAAAAUUACAAUCACUCCUUCAUGUUUUAUCUCAGUUGCCAUAUACAGUAUUGUUUAAAGGUAAUGUUCAGGAUUUAAGGAGCUUCAAACCAACGGACAACAUCCACUUUUCGGAGUGGUUUCCCCAAAUUGAUAUAUUAUGUCAUUCAAAAACGAAACUUUUUAUUACACCUGGGGGCCAAAUGAGUAUUCAAGAAGCGGCCUUUUGCGGAGUACCAAUCGUUGGUAUCCCUUUCCUACCCCAUCAAGUUCUUAAUGUACAAUUUUUUGAAUCUAAAGGAGCAGGAAUCGGCAUUGAGUACGACGAUAUCGAUGAAUUUAAAAUCAAACGAGCCAUUAAAACUAUUACCGAUAACAACACGUAUCACAAAAAUGCAAAGGCAUUAGCUAGAGUGUACAACGACAGGCCACUGAGCCCUUUACAGACGGCUCUUUUCUGGAUAGAAUACGUUAUUCGACAUAAAGGAGCCUUUCAUCUAAGAACAAAAAGUGUCGACCUUAUUUGGAUGGAUUAUUAUCUUCUGGACGUGGCUUUCAUAUUUACGAUAAUUUUUAUUGUUCUUCUGUAUUUGAUGGUAAAACUCUUGCAUUUUCUUCAGGAUUAUUUCGAUUACUCAAAACUUCAAAUAAAAUCCAAUGGAAAAGUUAGUACGCAUAAUAAUGUCAAAGCAACUCAAUAAAUAAAAAUU